GGAGCCCAGCAUGCCGAGGAGGAAGCAGCAAGCGCCCCGGCGCGCAGCAGCCUAUGUUUCAGACGAACUAAAAGCAGCAGCGCUGGUGGAAGAAGAUGUGGAACCUGAUGAAAAUGCAGUUGACGGGGAGCCUUCAGCAAAAUAUGCAUGUCCAGAAAAAGACUUCAGUAAGAACUGCCAAAGCUACCAAAACUCUCCAGCAGCUGAGUUCUCUAGCCAUGAAAUGGACAGUGAGUCCCACAUCAGUGAGACGAGUGACCGCAUGGCAGACUUUGAGAGCAGCUCCAUCAAAAAUGAGGAGGAGAGCAAGGAGGUUUCCAUACCGCUGGAAGACUCCACGGUGUCUGAUAGUUUGGAGCAAAUGAAGGCCGUGUAUAAUAACUUCCUCUCCAAUUCCUACUGGUCCAAUCUCAAUCUGAACCUUCACCAGCCAAUUUCUGAAAAGAACAACGGUAGCAGCAGCAGUAGCAGCAGCAGCAGCAGCAGCUGUGGGAGCGGCAGCUUUGACUGGCACCAGACUGCCAUGGCCAAAACACUGCAGCAGGUUUCUCAGAGCAGAAUUCUGCCAGAACCGAGCCUUUUUAGCACAGUCCAGCUGUACAGACAGAGCAGUAAGCUCUAUGGCUCCAUAUUCACUGGAGCCAGUAAAUUCCGCUGUAAAGACUGCAGUGCUGCCUACGAUACUUUAGUAGAGUUAACAGUGCACAUGAAUGAAACGGGACAUUAUCGAGAUGACAACCAUGAAACUGAUAACAAUAACCCCAAAAGAUGGUCCAAACCUCGCAAACGUUCCUUGCUUGAAAUGGAAGGGAAAGAAGACGCCCAGAAAGUGCUAAAGUGUAUGUACUGUGGUCAUUCAUUUGAAUCUCUUCAGGAUUUGAGUGUUCAUAUGAUCAAAACAAAACACUACCAAAAAGUGCCUCUGAAGGAACCUGUUACACCUGUAGCAGCAAAAAUUAUCCCAGCUACUAGGAAGAAAGCAUCACUGGAGCUUGAACUGCCAAGUUCUCCAGACUCCACGGCUGGGACACCAAAAGCCACAAUCUCAGAUAGUAACGAUGCACUCCAAAAGAACUCCAAUCCCUACAUCACGCCAAAUAACCGCUACGGUCACCAGAACGGGGCCAGCUACGCCUGGCACUUUGAGGCGAGGAAAUCUCAAAUUCUGAAGUGCAUGGAGUGUGGAAGCUCACACGACACCCUGCAGGAGCUCACGGCUCACAUGAUGGUGACGGGACAUUUCAUUAAAGUCACUAACUCUGCCAUGAAAAAAGGGAAACCAAUUAUAGAAGCCCCAGCCACACCGACAAUAACGUCCUUAGUAGAUGAGAAGGUCCAGUCUGUGCCACUAGCUGCCACCACCUUUACAUCUCCUUCCAACACACCUUCUAGCGUUUCCCCUAAAUUAAAUGUUGAGAUUAAAAAAGAAGUAGAUAAGGAAAGAGUCAUUGCUGAUGACAAAAUGAAAGAAAAAGAGAAGUCAAGUGAAGAUGAGGAGAAGUAUGAUAUCUCCUCAAAAUACCAUUACUUGACUGAAAAUGACCUAGAAGAGAGCCCUAAGGGGGGAUUAGAUAUAUUGAAGUCUUUAGAAAACACAGUUACAUCAGCUAUAAACAAAGCCCAGAAUGGCACACCGAGCUGGGGUGGCUACCCCAGCAUUCAUGCUGCCUACCAGCUGCCCAAUAUGAUGAAGCUGUCAUUGGGCUCAUCUGGGAAGAGUACUCCCUUAAAACCCAUGUUCGGAAACAAUGAACUAGUGUCACCAACUAAAAACCAGCCCUUAGUGUCUCCACCCAGCAGUCAGACCUCGCCUGUGCCGAAAACAAACUUUCAUGCCAUGGAAGAGUUGGUGAAGAAGGUCACUGAGAAGGUGGCUAAAGUGGAGGAGAAGAUGAAGGAGCCUGAAGGAAAGCUCUCUCCACUGAAGCGUGCGACGCCUUCGCCGUGCAGCAGUGAAGUCAGUGAACCCCUUAAGAUGGAGCCCCCCAGUGAUGGUGGCUUUAAAAGCCAGCAGAACAGCCCAGUUCCUCAGAGAGAUGGUUGCAAAGACAGCCCAACUGUAGAACCUGUGGAAAAUGGGAAAGAGCCUGUGAAAUCCAUUGUAGGCUCUUUAAGUAGCAGCACAGCCAUCAUCACUGACCACCCUCCUGAACAGCCAUUUGUAAAUCCAUUAAGUGCACUACAAUCUGUCAUGAACAUUCACCUUGGCAAGGCAGCAAAGCCAUCUUUGCCCGCUCUGGAUCCAAUGAGCAUGCUUUUUAAAAUGAGCAACAGUUUGGCAGAAAAGGCUGCAGUGGCCACCCCACCUCUACAGUCCAAAAAAUCAGACCACUUAGACCGUUAUUUUUAUCAUGUCAACAAUGACCAACCCAUAGAUUUGACGAAAGGCAAGAGUGACAAAAGCUGCUCUUUGGGUUCAGCGCUUUUGUCAUCCACAUCGACAUCUUCUGCAUCUUCUUCAUCUACAGUGACAACAGCAAAGACAUCUGCAGUCGUGUCAUUCAUGUCAAACUCGCCGCUACGCGAGAAUGCCUUGUCAGAUAUAUCUGAUAUGCUGAAGAACCUGACAGAAAGUCACACAUCAAAAUCUUCCACACCUUCCAGCAUAUCUGAGAAAUCUGACAUUGAUGGUACCACAAUAGAGGAACCAGAAGAGAGUACACCAGCUCAGAAAAGGAAGGGACGUCAGUCUAACUGGAACCCUCAGCACUUGCUCAUAUUGCAGGCCCAGUUUGCAGCCAGCUUACGGCAGACUUCAGAGGGGAAAUACAUCAUGUCAGACUUGAGCCCUCAAGAAAGAAUGCACAUUUCCAGGUUUACGGGACUCUCAAUGACCACAAUUAGCCACUGGCUGGCCAAUGUGAAAUACCAGCUCCGAAGGACGGGGGGAACUAAGUUCCUUAAAAAUUUGGACACUGGGCACCCGGUGUUCUUUUGUAAUGACUGUGCUUCACAGAUCAGAACUCCUUCUACUUAUAUCAGUCAUCUUGAAUCGCAUCUGGGUUUCAGGUUAAGAGACUUGUCCAAACUGUCCAGUGAACAGAUUAACAAUCAGAUAGCACAAGCAAAGUCACCGUCUGAAAAACUGGUGACGUCCUCUCCAGAGGAAGAUAUCGGAACUUCUUAUCAGUGCAAACUUUGUAACAGGACUUUUGCAAGCAAGCAUGCUGUUAAACUUCAUCUUAGUAAAACACAUGGGAAGUCACCAGAGGAUCAUCUUCUGUAUGUUUCGGAGUUAGAGAAGCAGUAGCAUUUGCUUUUGAUUAAAAUAACUGUAAUUUGCUUUGAGGAAAACUGUCAAAGACGCCUUAAAGCUACUGUUUAGUUCUUGGCACAUGUUCUUAUUUUAACUCCAGAGUCGCUCUGGGCUGAACUGUUUUGUAUAACUGUACAGUGUUUAAAUAGAGGUGCAUAAUCAGCUGUUGUUACUGGUAAAAUAUGAAGGUUAAAAUGCAGUGGUAAGUGUUUGGAACUUUGUGUAAAUUGGAUUUAGUUGCUGUGCAUCCCUCUGAUGCAUCAAGCUGCAUGCAUUAACAGACAGUUUAAUUAAGCAUUUAUAACGAAUUCUGGUGCACUUUUUCAUGUGACCUAAGUGUGCUGGUAUUUCUCACCCUAUAAUCUUUAGCCCUCUGAGUACUUUGAAGCACUUUUGCAUUGAUUUGGUAAAAAUGUAAGGAUAUGCUUUUUUUUUAGACCCUUACUAGCUUAGUUCUGAUUACUGAUAUGAACCUCCAUUUAUGCAGAGGUGUCUCACACCUUGAAAUUUAAAAAUAUAAUUUUCACAUUGAAACAUAGAUGUAUAUAUUGUAUAGAUUUCAAAAUCUCUUAUGGAAAAUGUGAUUGUGGUUAAUGCCAUUUUUUUUUUUUCAGCAUUUUUAGCAGCAGCGGGGUUUGUACCUGAUAAGACCCAGGUAUAAACUGUACCUAUAUAUAGUGUAUAUUUCAUUUUUUUUUAGAUCUAAUGGUUUUUCCUUUAACAAUCAAACAUUGUAAAUUAUGUGAUAAAAGAUACCACAGAUAACAUUUAUAAAGUAUUCAGAAACAUUAUUCUUAAAGCAAAGUAUGUUUUGCUUUGUUUUGCUAUACAGUACAUCUAUAUUAAGAGAGGUUCAUGUUUAAAUUAUGCAUAUUUAUUAGUGUUGCAAUCAUUUGUUUGGUUUUUUUGCUUUUGUUUUUGUUCUUUUUUUUUUUUUUAAUUGUCUGAAGAAACAGAAGCCACGGACUGCAUUCCUGGCAUACAUUCUAACUGUUUUGCACAACAUGACUUUUAAAGGUAUUUAUUAGUAAAAAAAAAUAAAAAUAAAAUAAAAAGAGAAAAUUCAAAAUAAACUCAGUGCUCAAAGGGUUAAAUCUAUUUGAAAAACUUGUACUGUAUUUCCUAAACAUUGAUAAAGCCUUUAAAAUGUUUGUACUGUAAUACUUUGCUUAAAAAGUUAUGAGGCAUUCUGUGAUAUAACCUCUUUUACUUAUUUAUAAGCGCUCUUGGUUGUUAUUUCCUAUUGUAGAAUGCCUUUUUAUUUCAAUUGGUAACUUUCUGUUUUGUUCUGCCUAAUUAUUCUCCCAAGAUUCCAUACUGCAGCUUUAUCUUUAGGCAUAUGAAAGGUAACCCGUGGUUACCAGCACACUAAGUGAUUCUGUUCGUCUCCAUUUUUGGCAGUUAAUUUGCAGAAGUAACUGACAGCUGACACCAUAUGAGAAUCUAUGUAUAAAAUAUUGGCAUGUAAACAGCACAGACACUGUAAUGCACUCUGUGCCCUGUUUUGUUGUUGACAAUGAAGCACCAUUAUAUGACUCUUCAUAUAACCUUUUUUUCUACAGCAGCAUUAAAAUUGUCUUUUUGCUAUAA